AUGAAUUUCUACGAUAUUUUUUAAAUCUUAUACCAUGAAUCAAAAAUGUAAAUUAUGUGUUUUUAUUAGGGUGAAGGUCAAACUAUGUAAGCAUUUAAAUUGAUUGUAAGAGAAGCAAAGUGAGUUAGUGGGAAACCAAAUAAACAUUAUCAUAAAUAAUUAUUAAGGAACACGGAAUAAAUGA